UUGAUACUUGAUAGCUUAAAGCCUAAUGGCUUCACCUUCACCUUCACCUUCAAGCUCCAUCCUUCUUUCUCAAUCUCUGAUCGAUUUCAAAUUCCACCACUGAAAAGCCAGUUUCUGAAGACGUUUCUUUCAAGCUCCAGCAAUGGGAUUCAGAUUCCACAAUCUCAAUUCUGUACGCAAAAGGCUCGCUUUCCACUUUCACAAGCACAAUCAUCGUCCUCCUCUUCCCAAUCCCACAAUAUCCCAAAUCCUCGAUUCCCAUCCGCAAAACCCUAUUUACUCGAUCGCCAGACGGUGGCAUUUGGGCCACUCCCACCACCAAAACGAUGAUCAGCAUCGCCUCUCCGGUGAAGAGGGGGAGAAGAUUUUCCGGAUGGGAUUGGCAGCUGAUGUUGGACUGGCUGCCGGGAAAGCUUUGACGGGUUACUUGUCCGGAAGCACGGCGAUCAUUGCUGAUGCCGCCCAUUCGGUCUCCGACGUGGUUCUUAGCAGCGUUGCUUUAUGGUCAUUUAAAGCUGCAAAGGCUCCGAAAGACAAAGAACACCCAUAUGGACACGGUAAAUUUGAGACUCUGGGAGCACUUGGAAUCUCUUGUAUGCUGUUGGCCACGGCUGGUGGCAUUGCAUGGCAUGCUUUGGAUCUUUUGAUGGGAUUGUUUUCAGCAGAUCCUGCUAUUGUUAGUCAGUCAUUGACACAUGAGCAUGGGCAUAAUCAUCAUCAUCAUGGAGUUGACAUGGAGCACCCUGUUCUAGCAUUGAGCAUGACUGUUUUUGCAAUAUCUGUUAAAGAAGGACUUUACUGGAUUACAUUACGGGCUGGGGAAAGACAAGGUAGUGGACUGAUGAAAGCAAAUGCAUGGCAUCAUCGUGCAGAUGCUAUUUCGUCAGUAGUUGCUCUCAUUGGAGUUGGAGGUUCAAUCCUUGGAGUAAAGUUUCUGGAUCCCCUAGCUGGACUUCUUGUCGCAGGCAUGAUCCUGAAGGCGGGAAUUGAAACUGGGCAUCAGAGUGUCUUGGAACUGGUGGAUGCUGCAAUCCCAGCAGAACUUUUGGAUCCUAUGAAACAAACAAUUGUACAAGUCGAGGGUGUGAAGGGUUGUCAUCGCUUGAGGGGAAGGAGGGCUGGUUCAUCUCUAUACCUUGAUGUGCAUAUUGAGGUUGAUCCUUUUUGUAGUGUUAGUGCUGCACAUGACAUUGGAGAAAAUGUUCGUCGUCAGAUUCACAAAUCCCAUCCUGAAGUCUCUGAGGUUUUCAUACACAUAGAUCCUUCAAUUUCACAAAUUUUCACCAGUGAAGAUCAGCCAGAAAUUCUCAAAGAAACUGCAUGCCCAAAUGUUUCUCCUGCGGAAAAAGACAUUGAGGCAGCCGUUUCUACCAUCAUCUCAUCGAAGUACGCAGAGAAAAUGGUUGUCGAACGCAUAACGCAUCACUUGUUACAAGGCAAGAUGUAUCUCCAAAUUGAGGUUUCCAUGCCUCCGGACAUCUUAAUUCGCGAUGCAAUGGAGGUGGCAAAAGAAGCCGAGCAAGACAUUUUAACGGCGGCGACGAAUCUCAUUCACGUCGGCAUUCAGCUGCGUCUGAGGAAUCCAAUUCCACAGUUCAACGGUGACUAAGAAGCCAGAAAGAAGGCAAGCAAGUGUUAGACUACAUGGUUUUCCAAUACCACAAUAAAAAUUUAUUCUUUUAGGUUUAGAUUAUUUGCAUAUAUGAUAUAUCAGAAUAAUUAAUUAACCUUUGAUUGGUUACGUUUCAUGUACCAAAAUAAUAUAUUAAUUCUUAAAAUCUGUCUCUCAUAAAUGUAAUGUUACAAAUUUCUCAA